UGUAACAGACCUGCAUAAAAAGUAGCUGCAGCCUCUCCACUUAACUAAUUUAGAUACAAGGUGAAUAUUAAGUGGGCCCUGAAAGGUGAGCAUACAGCAUGUGGGUGAUUUGGUUAGAAAGCGUUAGUUUUAUGCAUGCUGCACAAUAGAUGAAGAUGGAGACAGAUGGAGAUGAGGUUCGGUGUCUGUAUAAGAACAGCAGCCUUUCAACACAACCAGGCUUAACCAGAUCCUCUAGACAUCCUGCUAUACCGCCAGAUAUGUCUCCUGUGUAUGUGGUUGGCAUGCUGGGUAUUUUGAUGAAGGUAGCCAUGCCUAUGUGUGCACCCACUGAGUACACCAUUUACAUCGAGAGACAGGAGUGCAAUUACUGUGUGGCUGUCAACACCACCAUCUGCAUGGGCUUCUGUUUCUCCAGGGACAGUAAUGUGAAGGAGUUGGUGGGUCCUCGUUUCCUGGUUCAGAGGGGCUGCACGUAUCAAGAAGUCGAGUACCGGACGGCCAUCUUGCCCGGCUGCCCUUCACAUGCAGAUCCUCACUUCACCUAUCCGGUGGCACUUAGCUGCCACUGCAGCACAUGUAAUACCCACAGUGAUGAAUGUGCCCACAAAACCAGCAACGCUGGCAUGAAGUGCUCCAAACCUGUCCGUCAUUUGUACCCCGACCCUGAAGAGAACAACUACAUCCAGGCAUAUUGGGAACAGUAUGAGUAAUGUUCGAUUAGUCCUUAAAUAAAACUUAAA